AUCACAAUGUUUUCAAUCUUAGGUACAAGCAUAUAUGUUCAGAUUUAUAACAGCAUGACCUGGGAAGACGCUCAGAGAUUCUGCAGAGAAAAUUACAUAGACCUGGCCAGUGUGAGGAAUGAGAAUGAACUUCAGCAGAUACUGAGCAUCAUGUAUCGCUAUGAUGAGAUAUGGAUAGGUCUGUAUAGGAAACGAUUAUGGUCAGAUCAGAGCAACUCAAACUUUACAUAUUGGAGACCAGCAUUUCCAGCACUAGGACCAGAACCUGAUAAUGGUUUGUAUGUAUUUGGUCAACAUGGAAACCAACACUGCACAGCUGUGGAUCAUUCAGGCCAAUGGACAGAUGAAAACUGUUCAGACCGCUUACCUUUUGUCUGCUACACUGAAUUUACUCCAGCUGCUGUUAUGGGAGUGCGACUAAAAACCAGAUCUAAUGACAAUCUCUUAUACUCUGAGGUUGCAGGAUCUGUGCUGAUGGCACUUGAAGAACAAGUUAGCAGACUGGGACUUUCAAAGAACUGCACUGUGACCGUGAGACGCAUCCGUAAGAUAGAUCCAUGAAUGAGAAAGUCCACAUUCAUGCUCAGAUUCAAAAUAUGUAUAUGUUCCAGAUUUUUCUUCAUUUAUUCAGCAAUCAUUCAAUCUGAAAGCAUUCAGGAAUGCUGUAGAGAUCUGUUUACACAGAAAUACACAUGUCAUAAGCUACUCAUUUUAUAUCACAUAUAAGUAUUUUAUAAGUACUUUACAAUUCAUUUAAACACUCAAACAAUACUGUAAUUAAUACAUUUAUAGAUCCCAAAAGCUUCCCAAUGCCAUCAGGAUGUGACAUAUUAUAAUAAUAAUGACUAUAAUUACAAUAUUCUAAUUAGUAAAUGAGUGUGAUUUACAUGUAAUCUUGUAUUUAGUGUUUUGGAAUUAAAUUUAUACUCGUAUAUUGUUUUUUAUCAAAUUAAUUUUAACUAAGAAAAUCUUGAUGUCUUAGAUUUUCUGAAUUGCUCGAAUCAUUUUGUUAACAGUUGCCUGUACUGUAUGUUUUAGGAACGCUAUGGGACUAUUUAGUUUUUAGUAAUUCAAUACAUUUAUUACUGAGGUUUAUGGAUGCAUUUAUUAAAG